UAGGAAGCAAUAAAACAGACAAAGAGCACAGGGGAGGCAGGAAUAGAUGUAAAACAAGGCAUUAAAUACGAGUCAUCAUAAACACAAACCAGGUAGUGAGCAAGCACAGACGUAAUAACAACCCUUGAAAAUAAAAUUUAAAGAAUCUAAAACAUGUAAGACUUGAAAUUAUGAUAUGAAAAAAUCAAAUAGAUUUGCUGUACUCUAAACAAGGUAAAUACAACACAGAAAACCAGAACCACAAGGAACAACUUCAAACAUGACACUCACUUGAGUGCCACUAUCAGACAUGAAUGAUAACCACCUUUCGAUGUGAAUUUGUCCGUACACCGGGAGGUCUUAGUAUUUAUCAAUCAGACAGACCCCAGGAGGAGGAACCGGCUGCCCAGGUGGUGUUUGAUCUAUAGCGGGCAGGUGACUCAUUAUCAGCGGCAACAUGACGUGCCGUGACCGGACACUCGAGUUCCAGUCAGCGUGUAAAUCUCUCCAGGGCAGACAGCAGAAUGGAGUCCAGCCCAGUAAACCGGCGCUCAGUGCCCUCAGGCAGCGCAGUGACUUUACAGUUAUGGCCAAGAGAAUUGGGAAAGACUUGAGCAAUACAUUUGCCAAACUGGAAAAGCUCACAAUUUUGGCAAAACGAAAAUCUCUGUUUGAUGACAAGGCGGUAGAAAUCGAGGAGCUGACAUACAUCAUUAAGCAGGACAUUAAUAGUCUAAACAAACAGAUAGCACAGCUGCAGGACUUGGUGAGGUCCCGUGGAGCUCCAGGUGGCCGGCACAUUCAGACCCACUCAAACACUAUAGUGGUGUCAUUACAGUCCAAGCUGGCAUCGAUGUCCAAUGACUUCAAAUCAGUCUUAGAAGUCAGAACAGAGAACCUGAAGCAGCAGCGCAGCAGGAGAGAACAGUUCUCCCAACCUCCGGCGUCGUCUUCUCCGCUCAUGGCCAACAAUUUCAGGAGCCGCAAAAAAGGGGCCCAGGAGCCGCAUGCAGCUCGUGAGCCGCGCAAUGACUACCAGGGCUAUACAACCGCAAAUUACAAAGAUGGCUCGGUCCUGAUGCAGGAAGAGUCCCGGAGCCGCGGGGAUGUGGCUAUCGAUAUGGACUCUCCAACAAAUCCUUUGCAGCUUCAGCUUAUUGAUGAGCAGGACUCAUACAUCCAGAGCCGUGCAGAUACCAUGCAAAACAUCGAGAGCACCAUCGUGGAACUGGGUUCCAUAUUUCAGCAGCUGGCGCACAUGGUCAAGGAGCAAGAGGAGACCAUCCAGAGGAUCGAUGCUAACGUGGAGGACACCCAGCUGAACGUGGAGGCUGCCCACACAGAGAUCCUCAAAUACUUCCAGUCGGUCUCCUCCAACCGCUGGCUGAUGAUCAAGAUCUUUCUGGUCCUCGUGGUCUUCUUCAUCAUCUUUGUCGUCUUCUUUGCUUAAAGGAAUGAGGAGCGGGGAAACCGUAUCGAAUGAGGAAAAAUAAAAUUAAAGCUAGACUAAGAGGACGUAUUUCGAUACUCUUCUAUCACGGUUUCAUGGAGGCUUUUGGGAUGCACUCGAAUACGGACCUGUUGUUUUGUCCCAAGCCACAAACUUUUCAGUCUUAAUUUGACUCUUCAGUGGAGAAUGAAGAUGUUGAACUCUCGAAUAAAACAAAUAAAUCAUCUUUAAAUCCCCACUUUAAGAGCAGAAAGCUGUUCUGUAGUCUACUGACCAACUAUUCGUAAACAUUUAAUCAAAAUGGCUCUAAUUUAAUGGUUUGAUUCUGCAAACUGUCUUAUUGUUGUUUUCUUGUUUACCCUCUUUUACCACACGUCAUCCUUUAUAUUAAGUAUUUCAAAGCCAAACUUUAGAACUGGACUUGAUCCUCAGAUUAUUUUGCUUCAUAGUUUACCUGCUUUUUACUGGAACCACAUGACUGUCUCAUUUAUCAGCAAUUCUUAACCUUCUACCAUCCAACACUGAUGUGGAUUUUUUUUUUUAAUAAUCUAGUUAUUUGCUGUUUUGUUUCAUUUGCCAAAUUGGUACUGUUGUUGAGCUGUGACACAAUACAAGGAAACUCGCUGUGGCACAAGUAGGCAGUCAUAGCCAGAUGAAGGGAGGUUUGCAGUGGAACUGAAGGGUGAGCUGUGAGAAAUGUUAUGUAACGAUACUGUUUUAAAUGAAGCUGUGUGGUGAGCAGCCUUCGCAGAGGUUUAAUGGAAGAAAAGGUUUAAACCUCAUUCGCUGAGUGCUGCAGGAGGAUCAGUGCGUAUGAAGGGGUAAACGCUGGUUGUAAAGUCACUCGAUCGGCCACGUUCCCUGGAAGUGUCUGGUUGGAUGCCUGUGCGCCCCAUCUUUAUCUAACUAAUGUACAGGAUGUUAUUUAAAUGACCACAGCUUUUUAAAAGAAACAUUUUUUUUUCCUCCUUUUUUCUUUUGCUCUUUAUUUUCUUUUUUUAUUUUAGCCAAAUGCCUUGACUUCAGUGUAUAAAGUUGAAAUAGUUAUGAAGAUGUAUUGAUAAAGUGCGCAUUAAUAAAACAGUAAUGGGGUGCUGGCAUUCACGUGUGAGAUUUUCUUGGGAUAAGAGGAUUAGUCAGCAUGGCUUUAAUUAGCUGUAACAAACGCUGCAGUUUAUAUUUGGCCUUUUAUUCUUUAUUUUCAUUUAUAACAAUGCAGACAGACAGAUAUGCAUUUAAACAUUAGCCUCAAGUGUUAGCUAAACCUAUAUUUUAAAAAAAAGACAUUUUUGUGUUAAAAAAGUGUUUUAAUUGCACAGAAAAAAUCAGAAAAUUGUUUAUUUAUUACCUUAAGUACAUGUAAUACAAUAAAAUCAUACAUGAGUCUAAUUA